AAUGAAGGAUAAUUUUACAGAAAGAAGAAGACAAUAUUGCAAUCAUCUUUGACAGGUCCAUUUGGAAAUAAUAUCUUCUACUAAAUAUAGAAAGGUAGAACACUUUUAUUCAGAACAAUGAAUUUUAUAAAGGAAAAUAGUCAAGACCUCAUUCAAAGGAUGGGCAUAACUGUUACCAAGCAAAUUGUGGAUGAUCUGUUUGGGUGGAAUGUUCUGAAUAGUGAAGAAGUAAGCAUGAUUUAUUGUGAGAAGGUGGAGCAGGAUGCUGCACGAGGGAUCAUUCACAUGAUUUUGAAAAAGGGCUCAGAGGCCUGCAACCUCUUUCUUAAAUGUCUUGAAAAAUGGAACUAUCCUCUGUAUCAGGACUUGAAUGGACAAAGUCUUUUUCAUCAGCUAUCAGAAGGAGACUUAGAUGAUUUGGCUCAGGAUUUAAAAGAUUUAUACCRUACCCCCUCUUUUCUGAACUUCCAUCCCCUGGGUGAAGAUAUUGAUAUUAUUUUUAAUUUGAAAAGGACMUUCACAGAGCCUAUCCUUUGGAGGAAGGACCAACACCAUCACCGUGUGGAGCAGCUGACCCUGAGUGGUCUGCUGGAGACUCUUCAGAGCCCCUGCAUCAUUGAAGGGGAAUCGGGCAAAGGCAAGUCCACCCUGCUACAGAGAAUCGCCAUGCUCUGGGCCUCUGGGAAGUGUGGGGCCCUGACCAAGUUCAAAUUUGUCUUCUUUCUUCGUCUAAGCAGAGCCCAGGGUGGACUGUUUGAAACCCUGUGUGAUCAGCUCGUGGAUGUACCUGACACCAUCAGGAAGCGCACCUUCAUGGCUAUGCUGCUGAAGCUAAGGCAGGGGGCUCUUUUUCUCCUUGAUGGCUACAAUGAAUUCAAGCCUGAGAACUGCCCAGAAAUAGAAGCCCUGAUAAAGGAAAACCACCGCUUCAAGAACAUGGUCAUAGUCACCACCACCACCGAGUGCCUGAGGCACAUCAGGCAGUUUGGUGCCCUGACUGUCGAGGUGGGGGAUAUGACCGAGGACAGUGCCCGGGUUCUCAUCCGAGAAGUGCUGAUUAAGGAGCUUGCUGAAGGCUUGCUGCUCCAGAUUCAGAAAUCCAGGUGCUUGAGGAAUCUGAUGAAGACCCCUCUCUUCGUGGUCAUCACUUGUGCAAUCCAGAUGGGUGAGAGUGAGUUCCACUCUCACACACAAACCACACUGUUCUGUACCUUCUAUGAUCUGCUGAUACAUAAAAACAGGCACAAACAUAAAGGUGCAGCUGCAAGUCAUUUAACCCGGAGCCUAGAGCACUGUGGAGACCUGGCUCUGGAGGGGGUGUUCUCCCACAAAUUUGACUUUGAGCUGGAGGAUGUGUCCAGCGUGAAUGAGGACGUCCUGCUGACCACUGGACUCCUCUGUAAAUACACAGCUCAAAGGUUCAAGCCCAAGUAUAAAUUCUUCCAUAAGUCCUUCCAGGAGUACGUAGCGGGACGCAGGCUCAGCAGUUUAUUGAUGUCUCCCAAGCCAGAGGAAGUCACCAAGGGGAAGAGUCACUUGCAGAAAAUGGUUUCCAUUUCAGACAUUACCUCCCUGUAUAGCAACCUGCUCCUGUAUACAUGUGGGUCCUCUGCCGAAGCCACCAGAGCUGUCAUGAGGCACCUUGCUGCUGUGUAUCAACAUGGCAGCCUGAUAGGGCUUUCCAUCACCAAGAGGCCUCUCUGGAGACAGGAAUCUAUGCAAAGUUUGAAGAACACCACUGAGCAAGAAAUUCUGAAAGCCAUCAACAUCAAUUCCUUUGCAGAGUGUGGCAUCAAUUUAUUCCAUGAGAGUAUAUCUAAAUCGGCCCUGAGCCAAGAAUUCGAAGCUUUCUUCCGUGGUAAAAGUUUGUAUAUCAAUUCAGACAAUAUCCCUGACUACCUAUUUGACUUCUUUGAACACUUGCCUAAUUGUGCAAGUGCUCUGGACUUCAUCAAACUGGAUUUCUAUGGAGGCGCCUCAGGUUCACAGGACAAGGCUACAAAAGAUGGAACGAGAAUCCCCACAGAAGAGUCCUCGGAAACCUACAUUCCCAACCGGGCUGUGUCUUUGUUCUUCAACUGGAAACAGGAAUUCAAGACUCUGGAGGUCACACUCCGGGAUUUCAGCAGGUUGAAUAAACAAGAUAUCAAAUACCUAGGCAAGAUAUUCAGCUCCACAGCAAGCCUCAGACUGUCUGUUAAGAGAUGUGCCGGUGUGGCUGGAAGCCUCAGUUCAAUCCUCAGCACCUGCAAGAAUAUUCAUUCCCUCAUGGUAGAAGCCAGUCCCCUCACCAUAGAAGACGAACAGCACAUCACAUCUGUGACAAACCUGACAACUUUGAGUAUUCAUGACCUGCGGACUCAACAGCUGCCAGGUGGUCUGAUUGACAGCUUGGGUAAUUUGAAGAACCUUGUGAAGCUCAUACUGGAUAACAUUAAGAUGAAUGAGGAAGAUGCUAUAAAACUAGCUGAAGGUCUGACAAACCUGAAAAAGAUGUGUUUGUUUCGUCUGACCCACUUGUCUGACAUUGGGAAGGGAAUGGAUUACAUAGUCAAGUCUCUAUCAGGCCAACCCUGUGACCUUGAAGAAAUSCAAUUAGUUUCCUGUUGCCUUUCUGCAAAUUCUGUGAAAACCCUAGCUCAGAAUCUUCAUAAUCUGGUCAAACUGAGCAUUCUUGAUUUAUCAGAAAAUUACCUGGGGAAGGAUGGAAAUGAAGCUCUACAGGAACUGAUUGGCAGGCUGGACCUCCUUGAACAGCUCACUGUGCUGAUGCUGCCCUGGUGCUGGGAUGUGCGAGUCAGCCUGGCCAGCCUGCUGGAGCAACUGGAGACGGCCUCCCAGCUUGUCAAGCUGGGGCUGAAAGACUGGAGACUCACAGAUGCGGAGAUUAGAGUUUUAGGUGCUUUUUUUGAAAAGACGACUCUGAAAAACUUCCAGCAGUUGGAUUUGGCAGGAAAUUGUGUGAGCAGUGAUGGAUGGCUUGCCUUCAUGAGUGUAUUUGAGAAUCUUAAGCAAUUAGUAUUUUUUGACUUCAGUACUGAAGGAUUUUUACCAGAUGCAGCAUUAGUCAGAAAACUUAGCCAUGUGUUAUCCAAGUUAACUUUUUUGCAAGAAGCUAGGCUUAUUGGAUGGCAAUUUGAUGAUGAUGAUGUCAGUGUUAUUAAAGGUGCUUUUAAACUAGUAAUUGCUUAAAUAAAGGGUACCCUAAGCCAA